AUGCCCAAUAAAGAUUUAUCUAAAAUGGACAUAAACGAUACAAACCUCUCUUUGCACCUUGAGAAUAUGAUACAACAUCUGAAAGAGGAAGAAAUCCAAUCGAGAAUUAGUGGUGAUCUUGAAAAACAAUCUUGUUUGGAUUAUAUAUUUGAAAAUAAUGUCCUCGGAGAGUUGGUAAAAUAUGCCCAGGAUGAUUCUGAUUUUCGAAUAUUAGCAAUUUUGUUAGAUUACGUAAAUAUUCCCGGUCAGACGGGAAGGGUAUCAAGGGAAGCGCUAUUCUUUUUGAUAAGUCUGGGCAAGAAUAAUAAAUAUUUUUUGGAUUUUUUGGACGGAGGAGUCAAAUUUUAUGAAAAAAUGGAUCUUCGCCUUAAAUUUUCUUUUUCCCUUUUACCAAAAAGCAGUACUAUUGCGAAUGGCAUUGGUGGUAGUGACGCCUAUAAUAAAAGAUGCAAUGACAAUUUGCCUUCAUCAAAAAUUGACAGGCUAGAAAUUAUCAUAGAAGAGUUCUUUGAUCUGUGGUCGUUUAUUAACAAUGUUGUUGGGAUUGAGUGUGAGACAAUUACCUCAAGAUUAUUGGACACUUUAUCUAAUGGAUUCUUUAAAUAUGUACUGAUUCCAGGACUGUUAAACCCCUUUGAUGAUCAAGCCACAGCAGCAACAAAUUAUGCGACAAAGAUGAUAAGACUCACAAAAGUGCAAUCUAUUCUGGAUUGCAUCUUAUCAACAAUCUUUGGUGCAGAUCUCAAUCCGGAAGUGACAUUUGAAGAACCACAUUCUCCAGAAAAAACAACUCACGUAGAGUCACUUAGAGAAAUAUUGAUAGAGCGCGCCGGAAGCUCCGAGGACAUACUUUCUUUGGAGACGUUAAGAUUAUUUGAUUCUAUUAUCGAAUCAUUUAACCAGUUUGGUUUGCAUAAUUUGGUAUUUAGAAACUUGAUCGAUCUUAAAUUUAUUGCCACCAGAGAUGAUGAAAACGCAAUGACAAAGAAAAAAUUUUCUUCAAGAAUACAAAGGAAUCCGAAAGCAUUUGUAAAACAUCUGCUUACUAUAAUGCCACAAGAAGACCGAACGCAAAAUGUGAGGUCUUCGAAAGCGGUUGUUGUAGAGUCUGUGGAUAAAUUGAAUGGGAAAAGUGGAUUCAAUUACGAAGAUUAUUUCCUUGAUGCACAACGACAAGUUCAAAUGGCAACGGUGGUAUACAAUAAUUGGUCACAGUCAUCAUUUUGCAAAUCGACAAUGGGGUUCAGAAAUGGUAGACAGGAUUCUUCGUUAGAUGUAGAAACCAAGAUUAGGGAUAAGUUCUUUGAGGGUACAUUUAUGGUGAUGAUACUUGAACAAUUAGAAAAUUUCCUUGAAACACCUUUGGAGAGGAAUUUGGUUAUCACCAGUAUUCUAAAUAGGUUGGCGUGUAUACCUGAUGAAAGAAUUGAUUGGUUGUUGUAUGGUGAGACCGAUGAGCAUCGUGCCGUUGAUGAUACGGACUCGCGUGGAGGAAAGCGAAAGAACUUGGUUGGAAUUCUGAAAAAGUUGGCAUUAGAAGCCGAGAAAAGCUCUGGGAAAGUUCCAAAUUUCCGAACUCGUAUGCAACUAGUAAAGCGUCGUGGAAUGAACAAUUCCGGAAAGUCUUUUCGCCGAGGAAGCUCGGUAGAUUUAGAUAGCUCUCCAACGACACCUGUAUCUCCCGCUUCUUUCAAUUCGUUGAAUACAUCACCAACAUCUGCACAAUGUAGAGACAAUACGACAAAUCCAUUUGCAAAGUUCACAAAUUUUGUAAAUGCGUUUAUUGUGUUACAGGAGUUUUGCAAGGAAUUGGCCGCUAUAGUGUUUGUAAAAUAUAUGGAUAUUGACAAGGCUAUUUCGAUAGCUGAAGAGGAGGGAAAUGAUGAAGCAGAGAGAACGCCUGAAACACAUUCCCAAAAAAGCUAUUCCAAAUAUAAACAUGAGAAGCAAAGGAGUAUGAGCUAUCUUGGUAAUCUCGGAAGGAGAUAUGAUAAUAAGGGUGCAUUAUAUGUUAAUAAAUCUAGUGAUUCUGUGAAAGACGAUAUAUUCUUGACGAGAAAUAGUGAGAAAUUUGCAAGAUUAAUGGCGUCGGUAGAGAAAAAACAGAACUUUAAUAAUAAUUAA